GGUUGCUGGCGGCCCUUCCUCCGCACUCGCCCGGAUCGCCCCGUCGCUUGUGUCUGAAACUCCUCCGUUCGAUUCAGCAUGCCACUGACACUCGAGGUCUGCGUCGAGUCCGUUGCGUCUGCUAUCCGAGCCGAGACAUGUGGUGCCUCAAGGAUCGAGUUGUGCGCCAACCUCGAUCAAGGCGGCACCACGCCGUCGUCGGGCACCAUCGCUUUAGCAAAGCAGAAGGUGGGCAUUCCGAUCUUUGUGAUGAUUCGACCAAGAUCCGGCGACUUUCUAUAUGACGAAACCGAGUUUGAGAUCAUGAAAAGUGAUAUUGCGGCAGCCAAGUCGCUCGGAGCCGACGGUGUUGUAUUUGGCUUGUUGCUUGAGAACGGCCGCAUCGACAGGGCACGCACUUUGGAGCUGGUCAAGCUGGCCCGUCCGAUGGGCGUCACCUUUCAUCGGGCUUUCGAUAUGGCGGUCGAUCCCCUCGAGGCGCUCGAGGAGCUCGUUGAGAUUGGAGUCGACCGGAUCCUCACAAGCGGACAGGAGGCCAAGGCGUCGCUCGGACUAGAUCUCCUCCGUCGGCUGCUUGAAGUUGCCGGCAGCCGGAUAGAAGUGAUGCCUGGCUCAGGAGUCGGCCCGACAACGGUCGCGGAUAUCCUCCAAGCCCUCCCGGCCAUGCAGCAAGUCCACAUGAGCGGCGAGAUCAAGAUCCCAGAUGCCUCCAAGAUGGCCUAUCGCAAUACUCGCCUCAGCAUGGGCGGAUCUUCCUCGGACGAGUUUGCGCUGCGUGCGGUCGACGAGGCCAAGAUCCGCUCGGUGCGUGCGAUCCUCGACCGAUGGUCUGGCUGUUGCUGACGACCACAGGCUCGCCCCGCUGAUCCGCUCGACUGCCUACCGCCAGCAGAGCCCUCCUGUGCGGACCCGUAUCUCUUGUGCGCUGGCAUCUUUGCUGGCUUUCUGACAUGCGCUUUCGCGGUCAAGGAACACUGUCCAAGCGCCUCCUGGUGCUUGCGUGCUUCCUUUCCACCCGCCUGUCCUUGCCUUCGCUCUCAACAUGUUCUGUUGCGGAUCCCGUCGUGGGAGUGCAGUCUCGUCGGUCUUUGCACGCACUCGCAGCAGUCCCCCUCCCCACUUCCACCCGCUAAUCUCCGGGCUGCGUCUGGAGAUAGAGAUGGCGAGACCCCAUGCCUCAUGUCCGGCCCAUCCGCUCGCAACACGGCGCCGGCUUCGUCGCGGGC